AAUUAAAAAUGAUUCCACAGUAGAUGCGAAAAAGCAGUCGUCUCCUCUCACCGGCAUUAAACCAAACCAAACCAAACCAGAAAUCUAGAGACUCCUUCCUUUCUCCUUCUUCCUCCCCAAAUCGAAUCGUGAUAUUGUUGUGGAAUAGAUCGGAUCGAUGGCGAAUCUGUACGUGAAAGCGGCUCCACCGCCGGAUAUGAACAGGAACACGGAGUGGUUCAUGUACCCAGGGGUGUGGACCACUUAUAUACUCAUCCUCUUCUUCGGAUGGCUCGUUGUUCUCUCCCUCUCUGGCUGUUCCCCUGGGAUGGCUUGGACUGUUGUUAAUCUCGCUCACUUCGUUGUAACGUAUCACUCCUUUCACUGGAUGAAAGGAACGCCUUUUGCAGACGACCAGGGAGUCUACAAUGGUCUCACCUGGUGGGAACAGAUGGACAACGGUCAGCAACUUACCCGCAACCGCAAGUUCCUUACCGUUGUUCCUGUUGUCCUGUACUUGAUAGCAUCACAUACAACAGAUUACAGGCAUCCAUGGCUAUUCCUCAACACACUCGCUGUGAUGGUUCUAGUUGUGGCCAAGUUCCCUAACAUGCACAAGGUGCGCAUCUUCGGGAUCAACGGUGAUAAGUAACGUUCUUUAGCAAAACUCAGAUCCAUUUCUUUUCUGGCAAGAGAAAAGUGGAUAUAAGCAAAACACAUGUAUGUAUAAAAUGUUGAUAUGAGCUGGUUUGGAGUUGUCGGAUAUUUUGUAAGUAACUUUGAAGCUUUGAAUUUCUUCUUUUUUAUGUUUUCUUUUUUAAUAUAUAGACACGAAAUUCAUAACAAAUUUUUCUUA